UGCAAGUCAGUGCAUCGCGUGUAAGUACCGUCCAGGAUUUCUGUGAUGUCUACUCCUCGGUACGCGAGGUCGACAUGAGUGGCGAGUCAGCGUUACAUCGUAAGAUGUAUUACUUAGACGUAUCUCUAGAAAUUCCAUCUGAUCCCAAUCUCACAGUGUCUCCUGUGUACCUCAAGAAGAAUAUUUUGGAAGCCGUUCGGUCGCUGUUUGGAGAGGAAGGAGUCAAGAGUUGUCCUGUAGACAUUCUAAAAUUCUCUCCUGAAAAGCGUACAUUUGUCCUACGCUGUCCAUAUGACAGUUACGUCCGACUGCGAUCAAGUCUGACUCUGAGUACAAAGUACGAGGGAAAGACGUGUGUGUACACCGUUCACCGGGCAUCGCCGAAUUUAUUGUCGUUCACUGCCGAUAGUAGAACGUUCCAGCACGGAGAAGUCCCUUUUAAUUCUUCGCCAUGCCACUGAUACGUAAAGAGGGCAAGGACACCAUUAUCUUCGCAUCU